GACGGCAAAUUUAUACGCAAUACUUUACACAGGGAUAUGGAAAUGGCGCUUGCGUUCAAGUCCUAGUGGUUAGGGCAGCCAGCCGCUAAGUCUGAAAAGUCAAGGUCCACUGUUAGAAAUCGUAGUUUGGUCUUGUUAAAGUCGUCUUUUAAGUCUAUACAAUUAAGCAAAUGUGCAUGUGAGAAGGGCGGAUUAUGACAGAAGAAAAGUCGCGUCGGAAGACACAUUUGAGUCAACAGUAUUUUGAAACCGUCAACAUAAGACAGUAAGCAUGCGUGACCUGGCUGCUCAAGUCACCAGCAGCCUGUUGCGCUUCCCAGAGGUGACUGUAGACGCUCUGGGUGAAGAUGAGGUCACGCUGGACUCGGUGCUGCAUGGCAGGUUCACCGUCGGGCGGAGUGGCCUGGCCUGGCUGGCGUAUGGUCCACAGCUGGAGGUGGUGCAUUCGGUGACGGCGGAGCGUUUCUCUGCCUACUGCUUCAGCGGCCUGAGCGAGCACCCUCCGAACGUGCUGGCGGCGCGGGACUUCUGCUGGCUGAAGAGGACGGGGCUUCUGGUGGGCCUGGAGGAAGCAGAGGGCAGCAUGCUCUGCCUCUACGACCUGGGAAUCUCCCGCGUGGUCAAGGCUGUCGUCAUCCCCGGCAGGAUCACGGCCAUCGAGCCCAUUGUGAGCUAUGGAGGAGCCAGCGCAAACACUCAGCACCUUCACCAGAGCCUGCGCUGGUUUUUCGGCGUGGCCGCAGUCGUCACGGAUAUCGGGCACGUGCUCCUGGUGGACCUCUGUCUGGAUGACCUGUCCUGCAGCCAGAGUGAACUGGAAGCCUCUGAUCUGGAGGUGGUGAAUAAGUCCCCGUCGGAGAUCCCGCGGCUGAGGGAGGGGGUGACGCAGCAGGGCCGCCACCUUUGCCUGCAGCUCAGCAGCCCCACGGGCACCGGGGCCACCGCCCUGCAGUACGUCCCCCGCACCAACCAGCUGGCCGUUGGCUUCUCCGACGGGUACCUGCAGCUCUGGAACAUGAAGUCGCUCAAGAAAGAGUAUCACUCUCAGCUGGAGGGGGGCAGGGUUCCUGUGUACGCUUUCACCUUCCAGGAGCCAGAGAACGACCCCCGCAACUGCUGCUACCUGUGGGCUGUGCAGUCGGCUCAGGACCUGGAAGGAGACAUUGUGAGUCUCCACCUGCUGCAGUUGGCCUUCGGAGAGAGAAAGUGCCUCGCCUCGGGCAAGAUUCUGUAUGAGGGCUUAGAGUACUGUGAGGAGCGCUACAGCCAGGACCUGAAUGCCACCGCCUUUCCCCUCCGGGCUCAGGCCACCAACACACGCCUGCUCAGCUGUCAGACCAUCGAGAAGUUCCGCCACCACCCCGACCGCGACGACAGCAUGAACGAAGUGGCCUCUCCAGACACCAGUGUGUCCAUAUUCAGCUGGCAGGUCAAGGCUUACGGGCAGGCCAAGCCAUCCACAUACAUCGGUGUCUUCGAUAUUAACAGAUGGUACCACGCACAGAUGCCUGAUUCUCUGAGGGCAGGGGAGUCUCUGCGUAGCUGUCCCUACUUUGCCGUGUGGUCUCUGGACGCGGUGGUGGAGAUGGCCGUCUCCAGCCCCCUGCUGGACGUUCUGGUGCAUGAGCGUAGCCUGAGCAGAGGUCUGCCCUUCACCUGCCCUCCACCCGAACAGUUCUUCAAUCCCACCACAUACAAUUUUGAUGCAAGCUGCUUGCUCAACUCUGGAAUUGUACACUUAACCUGCUCUGGUCAUCAGAAGGAGACCCUGAGCUACCUGAAGAAGGCCGCCCCCACGCUGAGCGAGAGCAUCUCGAGCGGAUACUCCCGCUGCCUGCUGUCCGGCCUGCUGUCCCCGCGUCUGGCCGACGUCCAGCCCUCCAACCUGUCUCAGGAGGAGCAGCUCGACGCCAUCUUGUCCACCGCGGUGGAGACUAGCUCUCUCGGCCUGAUCACUGGAUGCAUAAAGCAGUGGACUGCUGAGGAGCAACCAGGGUCGGCAACGAAUUUACGAUAUAUUCUGGAAUGGGCCUGGGACAAAGUAGUCCACACCAAACAGGAACUGGAUGGCAUCUGUGCGCCCCUCUUUGACAGCUCGUCUAACUUCACGGAGCCCCAGACCCUGCAGCUGCUGCAGCACAGCCAGCGCCUGCUGGGCAACCUCAGCACCAUCUUCCACUGCCUGCUCAGUCAGGCCCAGGAGAUCACCCAGAAAGGUCUGGUUGGCCUCAUAAACAAAAACCUGGUGUCCAGUCUGAUUGCGCAAUACUCACAAGUGGUCCUGUGGUUCUGUCGGACCGGCCUUCUCCCUGAAGGAUCAGAUGAUGAAGAUGCUCUGCAGAUCUCCAGGCCGUUCUACAGCUACUCCAUCAUCAGGAACUACUACACCGGCCGACGAGAGGAGCUGCAGCGCCUCACUAAGGACAAAUGGAACGCUGACUGCCUCAUGAUUGACGCCCUGGUGGGCCAAUGUGGGGAGCGCCUGGCUGACCUCUGGAAAAGGGACGAGGGGGGAACGGGGCAGUACCCACCUCUUUCACUACAUGCCUUGCUGGACAUUUACCUCUUGGAGGACAUGGAAGAAUCUUCCAAACAUGCCAUUGUUAUUUAUUUACUGCUGGAUGUCAUGUAUUCCUUCCCGAAUAAGAGCGGCUCCUCGGUAGAGUCCUUCCCCACCGCGUUUGCCAUUCCCAUUGGCCUGGUCAAGCUGGUGCAGGGCCUGUGGCUAUUGGACCAUCGGGACCACGAGAACUCCCUGGAGCUGCUGCUGCACCCUGCCACCAGUCAUUCUCUGUGGGCGUGGCAGCACCGGCGGGUGCUGGAGGCCCUGAUGUGCCAGGGCCAGUACGCCAUCGCCCUGCGCUACCUGCACGUCAUGAAGCCCUCGCUCAGCACCACCAGGGAGGCCAAGCUCUGCCUCUCCGUCCUGCUGCACAACCGGUGUAUGGUGGAGGCCUGGGCUCUGCUGAGACAGCACUCCAACAAGCUGAACAUGGAGGAGCUCCUGCGCUUCCUUUAUGAGACCACUCUGGAGCUGGGCCUAAUGAAGGAGCUGCUCAAGCUGCCUCUGGGCCUCACAGAACAGGAAAGUCUGGAGCGGUUCCUUCAGGGUACAGGAGGCCUCCAGAACAGGGAGCUGCUGAUGGUGCAUUACCUGCAGCAGGCCAACUACGUCCCCGCUCUCCAGCUCAACCAGACACUCAAGAUGAACACGCUGAAUGACCGUGACCCCAAGAUGAAGGAGCGCUCCAACACCAGGAACUCCAUCCUGGAUCAGUAUGGGAAGGUCCUGCCCCGAGCCCAGAGGAGGCUGGCCACCGAGAGGGCCAAGCCGUACAGCCUCCCCUCCACCGUGCUCAAGAACGUGUCCAGACCGCAGCCUUUGUCCACGGUGGCCAAGCGGUCGGCUGCUGAGAGCGUCCUGACGAGGGCUACCUUCAUCAGCAGCGUCCUCUCCAAGAUCGAGGAGGUGUGGGUCGGCAAGGACGGCACACCCGAGUCGUCUCCGUUCAAGAGUCCCAGAAUGCCCGAGGUGCUUGUGCCGAGCCCCCAGCGCCCCCCAACCGAUCUACCUGAAGCCUUCGUGGGCACGCCCAUCCCAGUCACCAAAAAGAGAAUGUCCAGGAUCUUUGAUCUGAUGGUGCACCCCUCCUGCCAGAACACCCCUGAGCCCCACCGCCUGCCUCAGACCCCCCCGAGGACCUCCAGCACGUGGGCCGCACCCAAGAGCGUCACCAGAGCCCCCGAGCUCAACUUGCUGCAGACCCCUCAGGUCGUCAAGAGAGCUCGUGCUUUGGCUGCAUCGGUCCCCGUCUUCUCUAGCUUCACCCCCCAGUCCAUCCUGCGGAGCAGCCUUCGCCCCACCCCUGUGGCCACCCCCUCGGCCUCCCCCGGGCGCUCCACCACGCCGCCCCUGCGCCCCAAAGAGAGCCGCAUCACCUUCAUCGAGGAGGCCCCCAGCCCCGACUCGCCCAAGGACCCAGCUCCCUGGAGCAACGGGGUUGUGGGUGACAGUGAGGUCAGCCUGUCCCAGAGGUCCAGCGUCCACUCGUACGAAGAGGAGGAAGAGGAGGAGAGAGAGCCGCUUGUGACCUUCAUCCCUCCGGCUGGGAAGCGUGUGGUGGUGGAGGCCAGCGAGAACACGGACCGGGCUGGGUCUGAGAGUGGCUCCUCCUCCUCCUUCCGAGACGUCCCCUCUGUCCUCCCCACGCUGGAGAGACGGCCGAGCCUGGGACACGAGACCAGCGUGUCCUCGGUCAACCAGUCGCUGGAGUCCACUCUGGAGUUCCACGACGCCCCAGUGCCCGAGGACCUGCUGGAGAAUCCCAUGCCCAAGCUGAUCUGGGAGGAAGAGGUGGACGAGGAGGUGAUCGUGGUGAGGCAUGCUGUCGCUGCGCCAGAAGCCGCCUCGUUGGAAGACACCCUUCCAGAGGAGGCUCCUGCGGUCGCUCAGGAGGAACACGCUCUGCCCACAGAGGAGAAGGAGGAGACGGAGGAGGACGAGAUGAUCCAGGAGGAGGAGAUGAUCCAGGAGGACUCUGAGGAAUGUAAACCUGAAGCUCAGGAAGUGACAUCAGAGCCGAGCGGAGAGAUGGAGGUGGCGGUGGAGGAGACUAGUUACCUGCCUGACGUAACGCAGACGCUGGAGUGGGAGGAAACUGGGCACCAGCCUGGGGUUACGCAGACGCUGGAGUGGGAGGAAACGGCAGCUGCCGAGAUGCCUGUCGCUCCUGCAGAGCCUCUUCUUCAGCCUGACCUACUGGAUGAGGAGGUGAUGGUGAACUCCGGUGAAGCAGAGGAACUCGUCGGUGUGUGUGUAUCAGCUGCUGAUGUACUCCCUGAGCCAUUGCUCUCAGUAGAGUCCAAUCACGAACAGGAACCUGGACCUACCGAACAGGCCAACCACGCGCCAACGCUGGAGGUGGCCGUGGAGGAGAGUGUCACCAACAGACAGAACGUCACAGAUCUGGAUCUUGAUGCAUAUGUGGAACAUCAUUUAUUCGACAACAAUCUGUCCCCUCCACGCUCACCAACACAGAACUGGACCUCCAUCAACAGUGAUCCUGUUUAUGAGAUGCCUGAAGAAGAAGAGGAGGAGGAGGAGGAGGAAGAGGAGGAAGAAGCCCCCCCAGUGUCCGCUGAUGUCCAGGUGUUGACCACGCAGAAGUCUGUGGCCUCCUCAGAGCCCACUACAUCAGGCGCCCCCUCUGUGGUUAGCGUGAACGACAGUGAGGAUCUCUCCAGCGUUGCCUCAGAGGAUGAGUCUGACGACGAGGAUGAGGAAGAGGAGGACGACGACGAUGAUGAUGAAGAAGAGGAGGAGGAGGAGGACUCUGGUAGCGAGGUGGAAAUUAUAGAGGAGGUGGAGGGGAACGGUCGUCAUCGCCCCCCUCCUGCUCACCUGUACCUGGAGCCGCUACAGCCGCCUCAUGCCCAGUACCUGCAGGAGCAGUCCUCCGCCGUGCUCUCACUCAUCACACCCGAGGCUCAGGAGGUGGAGCAUGGCAUCAUGCUGGAGGAGGAAGAUGAGGAUGAGGAGGUGGUGAUGCUCGGCCUGGGCUCUGGGGGCCUGGAUGAGGAUGAAGGGGAGGGGGUGUGUUACACUGAGCUCAAGCCCUCCACCACUCUCCUGGUCCCGCUGGAGCUGGCUGAGGACACAGACAUGGACUCCAACUCCCAUCAGCCCCAGCAACUGCUGGAUGGAGGGGCCCUGGCCACAGUCAUGCAGGCCGACCCCACAGCGACUCCUGCUGGUGGCUUCUCGCUAAUGCUGGAGGCUGAGGAGGAGGAUGAGGUGGUUGAGCCUCAGGUCAUGGAGGAGGGAGUUGAGCCUCAGGUCAUGGAGGAGAUUGAGGAGGAGAAGAGGGUUGAGCCUCAGGCUGGGGAGGAGGAGGACGAGGAGAAGAGGGUUGAGCCUCAGGCCAUGGAGGAGGUUGAGGAAGAGAAGGGGGUUGAGCUUCCGGCCAUGGAGGAGGUUGAGGAAGAGAAGGGGGUUGAGUCUCAGGCCGGGGAGGAGGAAGAGAUGGUUGAGGCUCAGGCCGGGGAGGAGGUUGAGGCUCAGGCCGAGGAGAGGGUUGAGGCUCAGGCCAUGGAGGAGGUUGAGGAGGAGGAGAAGGUUGAGUCUCAGGCCGGGGAGGAGAUGGUUGAGGCUCAGGCCGGGGAGGAGGUUGAGGCUCAGGCCGAGGAGGAGGAGGACGAGGAGAAGCGGGUUGAGGCUCAGGCCGAGGAGAGGGUUGAGGCUCAGGCCGAGGAGGAGGAGGACGAGGAGAAGCGGGUUGAGGCUCAGGCCGAGGAGAGGGUUGAGGCUCAGGCCGAGGAGGAGGAGGAGGACGAGGAGAAGCGGGUUGAGCCUCAGGCCAUGGAGGAGAUGGUUGAGGCUCAGGCCGAGGAGGAGGAGGAGGAGAGGGUUGAGCCUCCGGCUGGGGAAGAGGUUGACUCGUGUGGUGAGAUGCCGCUGAUGAAACUACCUCAGGACGCAGAGCAGCAGGCGAUGAGCAUAGACACCAAAAUCUCCGAGCUGACAGAUCAAGAGCAGGUGGAUACACCUGCCCCACAGGUGCCCCCACAAGUGCCCGCACAGGAAGUAGAGCGGCAGAUGGUGGCUGCGGUGGAACUGGAGGACGGGGAAGCUCAGGAGACUGUGCCAAUGUCUGAGGACUUGGAGAUGCCCGAGGACACAUCUGACACUCCUGCCUUCCCUGCCUCCGCUGAAGAGACGGAUGCCGAGCAGGUGAAAGACACCCCUGAGCCGGAGGUGGUGCAGGCAGCGGAGGAGGAGGCGCAGGACACACCUGAGCAGUCUGAAGAUGCAGAAGCCUCGGUGGUUGAAGACGAGGAACACAUCGCCAGUACGGAGGACUCCGUGGAGGCACCGGUGGCUGAGGCCGAGUGUCCUGGUGAGAUGGACGUGGUGCCGCCUCUGGAGAAACAAACUGAGGAACUGAACAAAGACUUGCAGCAGGAACCAAAUCAGAUGGAGGUGGAAAGUGCGCCCGAGGCUGAGGAGACUUUGCCGCCACUGGCGUCCGCUAAUGAUGUUCCUGAAAAACAAGAGGAAGAGGAUGUCUCGAGCUCCGCUGCUGAGGUGGAGGAGAAGAAGAGCACAGGGCAGAGUGAACCUGCUGCCACAGAGAACGCAAACACUACCUAUGAAGUCCCUCCCACCACCGCCAGGACGACCAGCAGCAGCCGCAGGAAACACGUGACCUUCCCCUCACCUCUCCUUCUAACAGAGAAGGAGAUCUCGGCCAAUGAGGGGGCAGAGGAGCAGGCUGACGCCCAGGUGCCCUCCACGCCACGCCGCGCCACCAGGAGCGGCAGACAGCUGCCCGACGUCCAGGUCGCCGUGACGCCCAGGAGGAGAACACGGAGGACGGAGCCGGCGCAGGAGGAAGAGGAGGCUUCUUCAGCAGACAGAACCGUUAACUCCAAACCCGAAGCUUCCAACAAAAAGACUCCACAGAAAGCCACUCCAAGGAAGGGCGGAAGGAGAACUAAGAGCUCGGCAGACCCUGACGAGACCGCCAGCGAACAGCCCUCCGUUGAGGUGCUGGAGACUGGUAGACGGAGUGCCAGAAAGACGCGGAACACCACCAUCAUCCUGGAGGCUCCCAAAGCCCAUGCUGUGGUUCCGGAGGCGAAGCCGGCUGAGGAGACCCCCAGAUCGGCCUCCAGUAGCCCCGGCAGGGUGACCAGAGCUUCAACCCGAGGCAUCAGCCUCAGCUUUGCCCUGGACAGCUACCAGGAGCUAUCGGGAGAGACCACCGUGGCCAGUCAGGCUGUCGUUACGCCGCCCAGAAGCAGAAGGAAGACUAGGGCCAACACCGCCGAGAAGGCCAAAGUGGCCUCGGACAUUCCCGACGACGCGGCACUUCCCAGCGGCACCGCGGUGCGCCGCCUCACCAGGAGCCGCCUCUGGAAGGACAUGGACGAGGAUGAGAAGGAGGAGCAGACCAUCAUGGACACGACGGUGGAGCUGGUGCCAGGGACACCACUAGGGGACGCUCUGAUGGAGAGACUCCAGGAGGAGGCCGGAGGGGAGGUGGCCGGGGCGGGGGUCGCCGUGACGGAGAUCAUCCGUGCCAAGAGGAGGCCCACCCAGGCAGCCGCACCCCUCACCCCAGUGGUCGAGUCGGAGGACGGCGGCGUGAGCCACCAGGUGGACGCGGACGCCAGCGUCGUGGCUGAGCCAACGGAUCCCGCCUGGACUCAGAGUCGGAGACGCACACGGGCCAAGAAGGAUCCCGAGCCAGAAGCUUCCGCACAGACAGACUCUUUCAGCUUCACGCCAAUGAGGAGGACACGAGGGAGGAAAGUGGAUGACGUGGAGGAGAACGGUGUUGCCCUGCCUCAGGUGCUUCCCCCUGCACCGGUCACCCGCACUCGACGAGUUCCAGACGCCACGGAGUCCCACUCCGAUAGCCAGAACAAAGCAGAUGAAGUGGCUAAAGAAACCAAACCCAGCCAGCCGAAAAAGACCCGAACAACCAGGGUGAAGGCAUCUCUGAGGCCCCCCUCCCCGGUGACCGUGUCCCUGCUGUCGCCCCUGGGGACCCCCGAGGAGCCGUCCGCAGGGAGGACGCAGCGCAGGGUGGCGGAGCGCACGGAGGACGAGAAGGAGGCGCCCGCCCCGAGGAUGAACCUGCGCCGCAAGCGCGUGAUGGACGCCAUCUUCCCCAAACCCGUCACCAGGAGGAAGAAGUUUUAAUUGGCGACACACAGGGCCAAGGCCCACGCAAACCAACCCAACCCUCAAAGGUCAAUUCAGGACUUCACGAUUGGACUUUGAAAUAAACCACCCAGGACGAUGCCCUUUCCUCGCUUCUGUUUGUGUCUACUUUUCCGUCUUCUGUUUUUAGAGAAAGACACUUGGCUGCCUGCUGUUUUAAUUUAAGAAUAACCAGUGGAGAUCUUUUUCAAAUGAAUAAACAGAUCUAAUUUAGGAAAUGGAGAUAUUAAUUUUAUAUAAAUUACUGUAAAGUUUACAGCAAGGAGGACUGUGGGACUUCAGCACCAAAAAAACAAGAUGGCUUAGUUUUUAAAUAUGCAUUUCUACAAAUUGAUGCAAGUGUAAAUAGGCUUUUGAGUAUGUUAUAAAUAAAAUUGAACCCUUGUAAAUGA